AACAUGAAUACAUCUGCCGGUACCGCUGCCCGAACGUCCAAAACUCUGCCCGCACCUUCAAAGACCGAGAAGGUCGCUUUCAAGGUCCCAGGAUCCGAUAUUGAAGCCGAGACAUGGUAUGCUCUGUACGGAGAGCUGACUGAGAAUGUUACUCCUUUGAUCUGUCUGCAUGGCGGGCCUGGUAUGGCCCACAACUAUAUCCUCCCUUGCGCUCAUCUGUCCUCGGCACCUUUCUCACGACCAGUCAUUCUUUACGACCAAAUUGGUUGUGGAAAUUCAACACAUUUGCGCGAGAAGAAAGGAGAUACUGACUUCUGGACUUCCGACCUUUUCAUCGCCGAACUGGAAAAUCUGCUAUCUCAUCUGAGCAUCAAANAAUUCGACCUCUUUGGACAGAGUUGGGGCGGUAUGCUCGGAGCUUUGUAUGCCACGAAACGACCAGCUGGCUUGUACCGUCUGAUCAUCGCCAAUUCUCCAGCAAGCUUGACUACUUGGGUCGAAGUCGCAGAUCAGCUACGAAAGGAGUUGCCCAAGGAGAUUCAGGAGACUUUGACGCGAUGCGAGGAACAAGGCACGACGGACACGGAAGAGUAUGAGACUGCAAUGAUGAGUUUCUACGAGAGGCAUGUCUGCCGUGUCGUACCUUUCCCAGACGAGCUCAUGCAAACCUUGGCUCAAGUCAAGGAUGAUGAUACCUUCAACGUUAUCGGUUCGCUCAAGGGCUGGGACAUAACAUCUGAACUUCACAAAAUCAACGUUCCAACAUUACUGAUCAAUGGCAACUACGACGAAGCUCAAGACAUCACCAUGGAGCCAUUCUUCCGCGAGAUUCCUGGCAAGGUCAAAUGGGUUCGUUUCCCCGAGAGCAGUCAUUGUCCUCAUUUGGAAGAAACAGACGCUUUUGUUGAGGCUGUCGGCAAUNUUUUGACCUCUGAGUCAUGA